CAGGUUCCCUCGGAGGACUUCCUGUGCGUUGGUUUCCGUAUCCGGAUGGGCUUCAGGGUGGAGGGGGCGAGCAAGUCACUGUUCAGCGUCUACGAGCCUCAGGACAAAGGCAGUGAAUGCACCAGACAGUUUUCCUACCAGCAGCAGAAGCUGCAGCGCCUCUGUGUGGACGAGAAGUGCCAGUGCAUGACAGCUGCGUGCGCCGCCUACAGAGGAAACAUGGACCCCACGCUGACCGUCAACAAGCGCACCACGGAGACCUGCAGGCCGCACAUCACAUACG